UAAGAAAAUAGUAUAAUUUACGUCGGCUUAGUUAUGCGGUUCGUGCAGAUUUAAUUAAACUUAAAGUCGUCUCAAAUGCUUUGUUGGUUACUUUUAUUGGCCAUAGUUAAUUUUAGUUGGUUAUAAAAUUGUUCAGUAUGGCUUCGAAUACUUUUUUACACACGGUUGACAAGAGAGCUACUCCAGCUAUCUGGCGCGAAAGUGUGGCUAAAGGUGUUCUGGAAAAGGAAAAGAACGCAUCGCUAGCAGAGCAGUCAGUCGAAGACAUGAUAGCAGAACGACAACGUGAACUGAUUCAAAUGAGCUCACUGCACGACGCUCAAUUUGAACUGACGGUUGGGUCCAAAAGAUAUGAACAGAUCACUCGCUUAUCAGCGAUGAGCACAAAAGAUUUCAACGCCGAGCAUAGGAAAAACUGGAAGCUUAGAGACUAUCUUUUGUUUGCCGGAAGAAUGCUGGUUCUUCUGCUGAGGUGCUUCAAAAACAGACGCAAGUAUGUCGAGGAGUUUGAUUACAUCACAAAUCCAAACAUUGAGAAGCCUGUGCCGAGAAUGACGAAAAAUAGAGCCAUGCUCAGAGUUCUCACAUGCCAGCCUCAGUUCCGCACAGAAGAGGAUUUAGAGAAGAUUCGAUUCUAUUUGCAACCGACACCUGAGCUGACUGUCUUGUUCCCAAAAGAUAUGCAAAAAGAACUGUAUCGUCUAAUAACGUACUCCGAUUUUGAUCAUGGACGCAUCAUCGGCUACCAGAACGUUCGGCCGCAGAGGUUUUAUUUUGUCAUGGAAGGGAAAAUCAACUUGAUCAAAAACAUUCAAUUGUCGGAUGGCAAAACAGUGUCGAAGUCUAUUGGAUGGUUGUCUAAACACGAUCUGCUCAAUGUUAAUGAUGUCGAAAAUGUUCGGCUAACAGAGUACCAGAUGAUAGCAGUGGGAACUGCUCAGGUACUGUACUUAAACACAGAUGAUCUCCAGACGCUGCGCAAGUUCAACGAAAGGAUACCCAGAACAUUUCUCAGGUCUUUACCGCUGUUCAAAGACUACCCUUUGGAAAGUCUUCUGGAACAUCCCGGUGCUGUUGAGUCGUUGUUCUUCGAACCAAACAAGAUGGUGUGCAAAAACCUCAAAUCUUCCGAAUAUUUCUACAUAUGCAAGAGCGGCACGUGUUCAAUUGUGAGGCGUCAACAUGUCGUGGACGUGAAAAAGAGUGGAGAUUUUGGUCAUCCUGUGCAAUCAGCAGAUGAUUUGGCAUCCCGAAGAAUAUUCUUGCAUGCUUAUGAAACGAUGGAUUCCACUCUGAAAACAACUAGCGUGAUGGAGUAUCUGGAUAUCAAGCGUCCAAGUAUGGCCCAGAAUAAGUUGAGAGACCAGAAAAAGAACAAGCUCUCUUUACUAGACCGGUAUUCUGAAAACAAGAAUAAAGUGAUCACCAGAAAUUCGUUUCUGAAAAUUGGGCAGUUUGCUCGGAAUAAUAUUGCCGGGUUGCAUGAACAACAAAUGACUCACAGGGAAGGCGUGACUAAUCUAUCUCUCGUGAGUGAGGGAGCAGAAAUAGUGAAAAUACACAAGAAGAGGUUUUUGUUGCUGGCGAUACCAAGAACACUGACGGAAAUUCAAGUUCUGUUCGCCACAUACCGCUUGGAAAGGGAGGUACAGGAAGAGGUAGCCGAGAGGGAGUCAUGGACUCACUAUCGCAAACAGUUCGUGACGUCAUUCCUCAGUGACAAGCAGAAGAUGAAGAUGAUGCAGCAACCCAGAGGAAACCCCAACUUAGUCGAACAUUAGAUAUUUAAGAGUGCCAAUUGUUGAGACACUUCAGCGAUUGUCGAUUUAAUGAAAGUAAAAUCCUGUCAAUCACCGAUUUUUGAUCAAAGUUAUGAUUCGUUCACUCAACUUUAAGAAUUUUGUUCACUUCCGAUAUUGAGUUAUCUUAGAUAUAUUUACAUAUUUACAAUCACUAAAUUUAUAGCGCAAUAUAUAUCCAGAUUAAACUGAAAUUUUGAACGCGUUUGGUCAAUUUGGGUUGACUAAUGACACAAAGUAAUGAAGACAAAAAUUGA